AUGAUGAGAAUUAAGGAUGCAGAUCAGAAGGCUCUGUACACGAGAGACCGCCACUUCCUGGUGGGGGAUCCCGCCACAGACAACUGCCGUGCAGGAAUGAUCUGCAUACUCCCCAGCAGAGGCCUGGGCCACACCAGUUUCCCUGUCUUCCUGGGGAUCCGGGGAGGCGGUCGUUGCCUGGCAUGUGUGGAGACAGGGGAGGGGCCUCCCCUGCAGCUGAAGGAAGUGAACAUUGAGGAUCUGUACAAGGGCGGUGACCAGGCCGCCUGCUUCACAUUCUCCCAGAGACGCUCAGACCCCGCCUUCAGGCUGGAGGCUGCUGCCUGACCUGGCUGGUUCCUCUGUGGCUCGGCUGAGCCCCAAGAGCCCGUACGACUCACCAAGGAGAGUGAGUCCUCAACCUGCACUGAGCUUUACUUUGAGCAGAGUCGGUAG